GGUCUUAGAAUAAUUUCAAUGAUUAAUCUUACUAUCUAUGAAUCUUGUUCCGUCACUAUCUAAAAUCGUGCCACCGAGCUUUCAAAUAAUUCAUUAAAUACCUACUGGAUAAUUGCUAUAUAGUAAUCACAGAUCAAGUACUAAGUACUAAGUAGUACCAUAUUACUUUACUAUAUUAAAAAUUUCACUUCUUUACAUUUUGGCGUUGUAUUGUUAAAUUAUUUUAUUAUCUGUAUAAUAUUUAAGUAUAUGAAAUUUAAACAAAAUAUUAUUUCUGGUUUCAUUGUUAAAUUCUUGACUUAAUUAUUUUAAAAAAAUGUUUCAAAUUACAAGACGCAGUGCUAAAUUAUUUAAUACAAAUUGUAUUGUUUUAAGAAAAUUCGCAGAUAGCUCUAAAGUAGCAACUCUGAAAGGUGGUGAAAAUAUAUUGUAUUCGUCAUUACAAAAAAAAUUUCCUCAAGCCAAAGAAAUUAAAAUUAAAGAUAUUUCAGGUGGUUGUGGUGCAAUUUUUGAAGUAUUUAUUUCUACAACAGAAUUCAAGGGAAUGAGUAUGGUAAAACAACACCAACUUAUAAAUGAAGUUCUAAAAGAUCAAAUUAAAGCAAUGCAUGGAAUACGAAUACACACAGAAAUACCUGUUGAAGAUAAUAAAUAGAAUUAGUUAUGUGUUAUAAAUAAAAAAUAGUUAUUGUAAAAUAGAAAACUAUUUUGUUAUUGUAUAAAUUGAUUUUCACUAGAAAUAUGCCUCAUGUACAGAGAUCAUAUAUAGCUGUAUAAUAUUAUUGUUAUUUUAUUUUUAUUAUUAUUAUAACAUAUAUUAUUUGAUCGUA